GGACGAAUACUCGCUUGUAAUAGCGUGAACUAAAACUGAGCGUUUCUUCAUUAAUGAGGUUGUGGCAUCACAAAUAAUCUCCUGUUGAUAAGUCGAGUAGCCACCACAAUGUUGUUGGGAAGAGCAACUGCCAUUGGCGCUAACAAACUUGUCUUGCUGUUCCCAAGGAAUGGGUCUUCUGCACCAACAAGCAUGAUGACUACACUCACAAGACGAUUAGUCCAACCUCUGUUGUCUUGUAGUGGUAAGACACUGUGCAGAGACAGUGGACAAUAUCUCAGCAUGCAGUUGAGGCAGAUUAGCAAUCACUCCAAGACACUUGUUGAUAAGAAUAUCCUCAUCUACCGGAAUGAUGGUUUCACCUUCUUCCGUGUGGUGGGUGUAUUUGCAUUGGCUCAGCUGGGCUUCUGGUCCUACCUGACUUAUUCAGCAUACACGUCCAUGACCGAUUCCAGGAAGUUUGAGCUGGCUAAGUAUGGACCAGAGGGGGCGCCCUCCGACAAAAAGAAUUGGACAACACUGUCGGGAAUACGGAUGAAGCUGCAUUCUGGUGUGUGGAGAUAUGCAAUCACUGCACUCUGUGUUGUUGUGGGUGGAGUAAUCUUCACUGGGGCUUUGACCUACUCCAAGAAAUGCAUCCACCGCAUUGUCCUGCGUAAGGGGGGAGACCGGAUCACCAUCAGUACCUUUGGCUUCUUUGGCCAGCCAUGGUCCUUCACCGUGCCCGUGACCAAUGUCUCCUGCCAGCACUCCAGGCACGGAGUGCGCACUCAGUUACCCAUCAAAGUCAAAGGUCACAGCUUUUUCUACCUACUGGACAAGGAGGGCAAGCUGUACCACGCACCGCUCUUUGAUCAGACUGUCGGAAUGAAGAGGAUGCUUCUCUCCUGAAAUGCCUGGCCCCCAAAAGAGGACUAGACAUCCCAGUCUCAACUUGAAAUUCCUAAUUUCAAAAAUGCAAACUUUGACUGUAGUCAAAUGUUUUUAUUAAAGUCAUGUCGAACCCGGUCAAAGUUGGACCCGGACCAAUUUUGGACAAAAAGUAAUCCAGACCAAGACUCAGUGGGAUUCCAAUUGGUCUGGGUUUGCGUUGGCCUUGUCCGAGUUAGCCUGCAUUUGCAUUGGGUUGGAUUGGAUUUGAGCUGCUUUUAUUGACUGAUGAAGGAGUUACAUAUCCUCCAUGUGUGAAUUUUUUUAACUUCUCAAGAGAGGAUAAGCAGUAAUUUCUUGUUGUAAAUGACAUCAUCUUUCUCCUGAGGAUCGUCAGAGUAUACUGUUCAAAAUGUCACAACAAAUAAUCUCAAAGUGGUUCAUUUAGAACCAAGACUUAUUAUUUUCUGAUUUUGUAACAUCUGAUCUUCAUGGCUCUGCUAACCACAGAAUUCUGCGCUUACGAUCACUACUCUGUGCCAACAGUGCUAGCAAAACAAUCUGUGUUAACACUUUAAGCAGAGUAUAUACAUGAACAUUGUAUGCAUGUACAUAGGCCAGAAUCUCUUGCUUACCCAUGAAUUAUAAGCUAACCGUAUAAAGCAUAGAAUUGUCUGCUACAUUAAGCAGGGAUUUGUCACUAAUGGCAAGCAGAGCCAUGAAAUUGGACCCAU